GCAACCCGAUUACUAUAUUUUGGCGCACGCGAAGCGCCCAGUUAUAGGAAUUUUAUUGUUUCUGGUUGUGUUUGAUAUUUAAGUAGCACAAUUGAGUGAUAUAAUGAAACUGAGUGCGGGUUCACACUCCGAAAUCGAGGGUGAAGGCGCCCAGAGUAAUGUGUCGUACAAUUCCCAGAACCCUGUGGAAGUAGCUUCUGAUUUAGAGGCGGCGGCGGCGCCUAACGCCGACUCACAGGGCCCAAAUCAGCAAACCGUCACAGAUAUAACGGCGAGCCUAACGGAGCGUCAUGAUUCGCCAGAAAAGCCUGCGGAAAAUCUGGCCGAGAUAUCUGUUGACGUGGAAAUGGACGCCGACACAGAUAGACACUCCUCAGACUCCCCUGCGGGCAGGCAGCUGCAGAGGCCGCCACAGCAGCGUCUCUCGGCCGUGAACAGGAAGCGCGAUCUAAUCAAUUUGCAGUCGGCCCUGAGCCCCAAAUACAUCGGCUAUGCCAACGCCAACUCGCCCACGCCACCUUCGGAUUCGGACGACACCAUACGCACAACGAGAAGGCGCCUGAACCAAGCGGCGUCUCUUAACGGCAGCAGUACCGGCGAGAGCCUGUCCCGAGAUAAUGAUUCACCAAAGACGGUUGGUCCAGGUCAUGGUGCUGUCGAGGAGGGCGGCAUCAAGCAGUACAUGAGUCCCAUAGAGAAAUUAUUGAUGAAAAACGGCGCCAGCUCGCCAAACAGUACGGGGUUUGAAGCGGACGCCGAAGAUCUGGCUAUCCGGCCCGUUCGCAAGCAACUCAAGCGGAAGAUGAAGAGAAUGAGCAAAGCAAAGGCAGCCACCAAUGUCGAUGCCCAGCCUUUGGUAGUGGAAAAUACCAGCGAAGUAGUAGAUAAUGAACCUCACAACACAGAAAAUACUUCAAACGAAAUUGAUGAAAUAGUUACCUCGAAAUGCGAGACUGAAGUUGAGACUGAAGCCGAAGCUGAGGCUGAUACUGCUGUGGAAGUGAAUGUCCAGGAGGAAGACAUAACUGAAGCUGAGAAUCACACAGAAUCUAAUGAAUUAGUGGAGGAGCCAAAAGAUUUGGAAAAGCCAAGCGAGCUUCCAUUUGCCUUGCCGCAGUCGACGUCGACAGAGGCGGAACUAAAGUCGCCACCAGAUGUGAGCUCAAGCACAUUCACUCAACCUGAAGUGAACAGCUCAAUGAAAUCCCCCUCCUCGGUAAGCAUAGACAGUGCGAAGGGGCUGUCUAUUGUUACCGAUCCUGGGUGGCCGACCUACCAAGUGGGUGAUUUGUUUUGGGGCAAGGUCUUCUCGUACUGCUUCUGGCCCUGCAUGGUGUGUCCGGAUCCGUUUGGCCAAAUCGUUGGUAAUAUGCCGAGUCAUCCCCAGCGCUCGUCUUUGGACGCAGCUACAGUUCCGAUCCAAGUGCAUGUGCGAUUCUUCGCGGACAAUGGAAGGCGGAACUGGAUCAAGCCCGAAAACCUGCUGCCCUUUGCUGGUCUGCAGGCAUUCGAGGAACUUCGAGAAGAGGUUCGCAUAAAGCACGGACCGAAGAGUGCCAAGUACAGGCAGAUGAAUCCCAAGCGAGCUAAGCUAACUAUUUGGAAGCAGGCCAUCGAAGAGGCCCAGAUCGUGACACAGCUACCUUACGCGGAGCGACUCGAGAAGUUCUACCAGGUCUACGAGAAUGCCGUCACGCUGAACAAGCAGAAGCGCAAACGCACCAAUUCCAUGAUGCAAGACACCUCUGACGUGGGCAGCAGCCUGUACGACUCCACGGACAACUUGCUCAGCCGGCAGUCCACACAGUUGGCGGCCUCGAAACGCGAACGCUCCGAAUCUCCCUUCAGUCCCGCCUUUUCUCCGGUGAAGAGCAAAAACGAAAUGCGCGCCAAGCGUCGUAAACUUAGCGGCGGCAUCGAGACCGAAACUGGUAGAUCCACCACAGCUGUGAGCACACUGCAGGCACGAGGCACCAGUUCCGAAAAGACUUCUCCUGACGCCUCUCUCUACGAGAAUCCGGAAUUCGGGCAGCUGUUUGAUGUAAUCAAGGAAUACGUGAUGGUUCAUCGCAACGAGGAGAAAGUGGAAAAAGUACUCCUGGCUGUGGUCAGUAACAUAUGGUCGUUGAAGCAGAUCCAACUGCGCGAGCUCGAGCGCGACAUGUCCAGUGGGCAGAUGGAGCAGCAGCUGGGCUCUGCUGUUGUGGAACGAGGCCGCGGUGUGGGGUCCAUUAAGAGGCUGUCGAAUCGUUUGAAAACGAUGAUGGUGAGGCGCAGCAUGACUCCCGUGGUGGCACCCAGUCCAACACCGGCCAUUGCCGAGCCGGAGCGUCGACAUUCUGAGGUAACAAAGCCUAGGAAACUUGUCAACCGGCCCAUCGACGAGGUAGUUGAGGAUAUCUUGCAGCUGGACAGCAAGUACCUCUUCCGUGGACUCAACCGCGAACCGGUCUGUAAAUACUGCUAUGCCCCGGGAUCCAAUCUGCAGCGCUGCUCGCGCAACUGCAACAACUGGCUGCAUGAAGACUGCCUGGAGCGAAAGAAAUCCGGCACACCCAUGCCUAAGAAAGGCGUUAGGAAGCCAAAAGAUAUCUCAGCCAGCUCCAACUCCCAAUCCCCCGUUCCGGAAAUAAUAGAACAUGUAACGGGGGACGGGGUCGCCAGUGUCUUGUCACCUUUGAUCUGCCACGAGUGCAGCAUUGGGGAGCCCGAGGGGUGUGUCAUUUGUCACCAAGUAGAGUCACCAACGGCCUCAUUACCCGGAUCUCCACUUAAGGAAGAUGAGCCUCAAACCAUUACGGAGGAUAAACUGCUCACUUGCAGCCAGCCCAUGUGUGGAAAACGGUUCCACAUAGGCUGCUGUAAGUACUGGCCCCAGGCUAGUAGCGCCAAACAGUCGCCCCGCUGUCCACGACAUGUGUGCCACACCUGCGUCUCGGACGAUCCCAGCGGCAAGUUCCAGCAGGUGAGCAACUCGAAGCUGGCCAAGUGCGUCCGAUGCCCGGCCACUUACCAUCAAGACUCCCACUGCAUUCCCGCGGGCACCCAGAUGCUAACUGCCACCAACAUCAUCUGUCCCCGCCACACCAUCGCCAAGGGGGACGCCCACGUCAACGUGCUGUGGUGCUACAUAUGCGUCAAGGGCGGAGAGCUGGUCUGCUGCGAAACCUGCCCCAUUGCAGUCCAUGCCCACUGCCGCAAUAUCCCGAUUAAGACCAACGAAAGCUAUAUCUGCGAAGAGUGCGAGAGCGGACGACUCCCCCUGUACGGGGAAAUCAUUUGGGCAAAGUUCAAUAACUUCCGGUGGUGGCCGGCCAUUAUACUGCCCCCGACUGAAAUUCCCAGCAAUAUACUAAAGAAAUCCCAUGGCGACAACGACUUUGUGGUGCGCUUCUUUGGCACUCACGAUCACGGCUGGAUAUCCCGCAGAAGGGUGUACCUCUACAUCGAAGGCGACACUGGCGACGGGCCCAAGACCAAGUCCCAGCUGUCCAAGAACUAUAUAGCCGGCGUGGCGGAGGCGACCCGUUUUCUGAAGGUCAUUAAGGCCCGCCGGCAAGAACAAGCCAUCGCCCGGCAGAAUGGCAGUAAGCUCCAACCACCGCCCUACACCAAAAUAAAGGCCAACAAGGCAGUGGCGCCAGUGCGGUUCAUGCAGAACCUCGAGGAUCUAAGCGCCUGUGACUGUCGGCCGGAACAGGACCACCCCUGUGGCCCGGAGGCUGGUUGCCUCAACCGAAUGCUAUUCAACGAGUGCAACCCGGACUUUUGCCGCGCUGGAGAUGCCUGCGAGAACCGGAUGUUCGAGAAGCGCAUUUCGCCCCGCCUGGAAGUAGUCUACAUGAACGAGCGCGGCUUUGGACUCGUGUGCCGGGAGCCCAUUGCCGAGGGCACUUUUGUGAUAGAGUACGUCGGCGAGGUCAUCAACCAUGCUGAGUUUCAAGAGCGGCUCGUUCAGAAGCAGCGCGAUCGUGAUGAAAACUAUUACUUCCUGGGCGUGGAGAAAGACUUCAUCAUCGACGCCGGGCCAAAGGGGAAUCUCGCGCGCUUCAUGAACCACUCGUGCGACCCGAACUGCGAGACUCAGAAGUGGACGGUCAACUGUGUCCACCGUGUGGGACUCUUCGCCAUCAAGGACAUUCCGGCGAACACUGAGCUUACUUUCAACUAUCUGUGGGACGAUCUCAUGAACAAUAGCAAAAAGGCCUGCUUCUGCGGGGCAACUCGCUGCUCCGGCGAGAUUGGCGGCAAGCUCAAAGAUGGCACUGCCAAGGAAUCAACGUCGCAGGGCAGCAAGGGCAAGAGCAGUAACAAGCUGAAACAUUUUGGAAAGGCCAAGGGGUCCAUGGUGCGCAUCCACGUCGGACCCCCCAAAAAGGCAAAAAAGCCACCGAAGGUUAAGCACAUUAGCGCGGACGAUGAGCCGGUGGAGGAGGUUGCGGUUACAACUGAACUUUGAAAUUGCCCAACAUGACGGAUGGCAUGAACAUGUUGUUUUUCUUUACUUUUCUUUUUUUUUUGUAAACAUUGCAUUUUGUUAUAUUUUGAAGAAUAAUCACUGCAUUGCUGAACACA